AGUGUGAUGUCCUGCGUGCCUCGAGAUGGGCCCAAGUCGGGACUCCAAGGCCUGUCUGCUGAGGGGUUCCAGGGCCUCCGUUAGGGAGCAGAGGGGUCUAGAAGGAGGCAGCAGCUGGAGACAAGCCCCUGGGGUGGGACAAGCUGAGCACCCCACCCCACAGGCCCGGUGUCCAGCAGGGGCUGCCCCAUUGCUCAGGGUCUCCCUUGGCUGAAGGAAGUGGCCUGGCCACCAGGUGCAGGGCUGAGGCCUCCGGUGGGACCAGGAAGGCCGGGGUGCUCCUGCUGGGGAGACCCUGAGACCCAGCUGGGUAAACUCUACCCCAGCCCCAGCCCCACCCCCAGGUCUCCCUGGGACAGGAAGCUCCCUCCUGCCUGGGGCAGGGGAGUGGGGAUUGGCCCAUCAGGACCUGUGCCUGACGAGAGGCCUCUCCUUGGUAGAUUUACUUGGAAGUUUUCCUUAAAUGGAGCCCGCACCUGGGUGCCCCUUGGGGAACCCUGGGGUGGAGAGGGCCUGGCCUAUGCUCUCGGUUACUCUUCCGGACACUGGGCUGCUGCUAGGACCGCCACCUGCCGCCGGACUCCCAGGCUCAGAGGCCCCACGCCUGCCCGCAGCCUCUCCCAGCGCCCGCCCCUCCUAGGCACCCUGGGGCCACUCUCCGUCCCCACCCCAGGCCCUGGGGAUUGCUGGCCCAGGCUGCCCUUGCAGGGCCAUUCUUCCCCGGCCCCUCCUCCCUUCCGUUUCCGCGGCUGGGGCUGGGGCUGGGCAGGAGGGCCGGCAGGCAUGGGGGCUACUGCCCGCCCCUUCCCCUCAGCGGCCCGCCCCGGGGUCUGAGCCAACUGAAACCCGGGAGGAGGAAGCACCGAAUCAGGAACUGGCCAGUUGGCUGGGCCUAAGGCAGCCCUCGGCGCCCCUGGAUCAGCUGCCCAAGCCGUGAAACCGCACUAUGGGCUUCUCCUCGGAGCUGUGCAGCCCCCAGGCCCACACGGCCGUGCAGCAGAUGCAGGAGGCCGAGCUGCGGCUGCUGGAGGGCAUGAGGAAGUGGAUGGCCCAGCGGGUCAAGAGUGACCGGGAGUACGCGGGGCUGCUGCACCACAUGCAGGACAGCGGGGCCCAGAACCGGGCCGGCCCCGACAGCCCCAUCAGCCAGUCCUGGGCAGAGAUCACCAGCCUGACGGAGGGCCUGAGCCGGUUGCUGAGACAGCACGCCGAAGAUCUGAACUCGGGGCCCCUGAGCAAGCUGAGCAUGCUGAUCGGGGUGCGGCAGCAGCUGCGCAAGACCUACAGCGAGCAGUGGCAGCAGCUGCAGAACGACCUCACCAAGACCCACACCCAGGACAUUGAGAAGCUAAAGAACCAGUACCGAAACCUGGCGAGGGACAGCGCCCAGGCCCGGCGCAAAUACCAGGAGGCCAGCAAAGACAAGGACCGCGACAAGGCCAAGGACAAGUACGUGCGCAGCCUGUGGAAGCUCUUCGCUCAUCACAACCGCUACGUGCUUGGCGUGCGGGCUGCGCAGCUGCACCAUCAGCACCACCACCAGCUCAUGCUGCCCAGCCUGCUCCAGUCGCUGCAGGACCUGCACCAGGAGAUGGCCCGCAUCCUGAAGGAGAUCCUGCAGGAAUACCUGGAGAUCAGCAGCCUGGUGCAGGACGAGGUGGCGGCCAUUCACCAGGAGAUGGCUGCAGCCGCUGCCCGCAUCCAGCCCGAGGCCGAGUACCACGGCUUCCUGCGGCAGCACGGGUCCGUCCCUGACGUCCCACCCUGCGUCACCUUUGAUGAGUCCCUGCUGGAGGAGGGCGAGGCCCUGGAGCCGGGGGAGCUGCAGUUGAAUGAGCUGACGGUGGAGAGCGUGCAGCACGUGCUGACUGCCGUGACCGAUGAGCUGGCUGCGGUCAACCAGAUGGUGCUCAGCCGGCAGGAGAUGGUCAGUCAGCUGCAGCGUGAGCUCCGGCACGAGGAGCAGGCCAUCCACCCCCGGCAGCGGGUCUACCUGCUGAGCAAGAGGCAGGUGCUGCAGGAGGAGCUGCAGGGGCUGCAGGUGGUGCUGUGCAGCCAGGCCAAGCUGCAGGCCCAGCAGGAGCUGCUGCAGGCCAAGCUGGAGCAGCUGGGCCCUGGCGAGCCCCCGCCGGUGCCCCUGCUGCAGGACGACCGCCACUCCACGUCGUCCUCGGAGCCGGAGCGGGAAGGGGGAAGGACGCCCACCCUGGAGAUCCUCAAGAGCCACAUCUCAGGAAUCUUUCGCCCCAAGUUCUCGCUCCCCCCACCACUGCAGCUCAUCCCCGAGGUACAGAAGCCCCUGCAGGAGCAGCUGUGGUACCACGGGGCCAUCCCGCGGGCAGAGGUGGCGGAGCUGCUGACACAGUCCGGGGACUUCCUGGUGCGGGAGAGCCAGGGCAAGCAGGAGCACGUGCUGUCCGUGCUGUGGGACGGCCAGCCCCGGCACUUCAUCAUCCAGUCUGCGGACAACCUGUACCGACUGGAGGGCGAUGGCUUUCCCACCAUUCCCUUGCUCAUCGACCACCUGCUGCGCUCCCAGCAGCCCCUCACCAAGAAGAGUGGUGUUAUCCUGGGCAGGGCUGUGCCCAAGGACAAGUGGGCGCUGAACCACGAGGACCUGGUGUUGGGCGAGCAGAUUGGGCGGGGGAACUUUGGUGAAGUGUUCAGCGGGCGCCUGCGAGUGGACAAUACCCUGGUGGCGGUGAAAUCCUGUCGGGAGACGCUGCCGCCUGACCUCAAGGCCAAGUUUCUGCAGGAAGCCAGGAUCCUGAAGCAGUACAGCCACCCCAACAUUGUGCGUCUCAUCGGCGUCUGCACCCAGAAACAGCCCAUCUACAUCGUCAUGGAGCUGGUGCAGGGGGGCGACUUCCUGACCUUUCUUCGGACGGAGGGAGCCCGGCUCCGGAUGAAGACUCUGCUGCAGAUGGUGGGGGACGCAGCUGCGGGCAUGGAGUACCUGGAGAGCAAGGGUUGCAUCCACCGGGACCUGGCUGCUCGGAACUGCCUGGUCACGGAGAAGAACGUGCUGAAGAUCAGUGACUUCGGGAUGUCCCGGGAGGAAGAGGACGGGAUCUACGCCGCCUCGGGGGGCCUCAGGCAAGUCCCCGUGAAGUGGACAGCACCCGAGGCUCUGAACUACGGCCGCUAUUCCUCCGAGAGCGAUGUGUGGAGCUUUGGCAUCUUGCUCUGGGAGACCUUCAGCCUGGGGGCCUCUCCGUACCCCAACCUCAGCAAUCAGCAGACGCGGGAGUUCAUAGAAAAGGGGGGCCGCCUGCCCUGCCCCGAGCUGUGCCCCGACGCUGUGUUCAGACUCAUGGAGCAGUGCUGGGCCUACGAGCCCGGGGAGCGGCCCAGCUUCAGCGCCAUCCACCAGGAGCUGCAGUGCAUCCGAAAGCGGCAUCGGUGAGGCUGGGCCGCCGCUCCAGCCGGUGGCCUGUGCCUGCGAGAUCGCACCUCCUCCCCAGGCUCUUCGCAGCUCUGGACUCCAGCCACCAGCAUCCGUGCGCAGGUGGGGAUGCGGCCCCAUGUCUGCGGCGCAUCGCGCUCCUGCCAGGGCCUCCUCUUCCAAGCAGAAAUAAUAAACCACUUGUGCCCGC